AUGGAUCAAGUUCUCACUGCGGCUCAAUUAGAGGAGAAAGAAAAAUUCAAAGCCGCACUUCAGAAGCACCUGACAGUCAAAUUCCGUAAUGAUCAUGGUAAUUCAAAGCCUGGCCACAAAGCAGCUGCAGCGGGCAAUUCGGCUGUCCACAAACUUCUCAGCAAUAUCGUUAAGGGACCCACAGCUGGUCGGAAAUGUCCUCUCAAGGAAAGCGAAGUCUACACUAAAAAGUAUUAUACUACUCAAGUCCAGGCCAGUGUUAAAGAUGAGCUAAAAGCCAUCAAAGAACAACCUGAUGUCCCCGAUCCCAAGAAGACGAACCUUUGGGUGAUCCAAAAGCAUGUUGACCGAUGCUGGGAGAAUGAGUCUGUUGAGGUGAAAGAGGAAAUCUCUCAACUUACGAGAGAGAUGAGGGAAGCAGCACACGAGGCAGUGAAGGGGAGAAAAUCAUCUGAGGUGACCAAUGACCUAAUUAUACUGAGACUUACAGAAAUUCUCUCAACUUUCUUCGGAGAGCUUCAUGAGGCCACAGGAUGGACGUUCAGCAUCCUGCUUGGUGGCCCUGACCCAUCAAAUGGGGGUGCAAUUGAUGUCAGCAGCUUACAUGUAGGGUCAACGAAACUCGCUAAAGCUGGGACUUCAAAUAAAACAGAUGCCCCCGCUCCAGACAAUAUGCUUACAGACGAUGAUCCUCCAAUGCCUAUGACUGUAGCACCUGAUACAUUACAUGGUUCACACCCCACAUCCCAAGAGGUAGACUUGGCACCUAUCUUGGCACCUAUCUUCCCUUCCAUGCACUUAGCGCAAGGAGAGGUAGUUCCUGCGCCACCUGAAGAGGACUUCUACGAGGAUUUCUUCCAACACCUGGCCCCCGCUCCUCAAGACAAUGAAUGA